AUGCCUGAAAAGUCCGCUUUCGAUCCCAGACUAGUAGAACUAUUGUAUUUACGUAAUGAAAAUAUAGUUUCAAGGUAUCCUGAAGCCGGCGUACAAUAGCGUUGACAUGGCAGAAGUCGAGCUGAUGGAUCAAGAUAAAGAACCCAGGGAGUUCGACGAGGGAAUCAUUAUGAAACGUGUUGGUAGGAUAAAGAGAAAAUACGACUACACGGGCAUACCAAAGACGCCAUUCACGGUGGUGGUUAGUUUGCCGGAACACGAACACACUGGAAAUUACCGCGUGCACGCAACCGAGGAAAUACAUCGUUCGCACGUUAGUGGUAUCACUACGAGGGUGAGCGAAAGUACAAUAGCUCGGAAGGGCAGCUGCUGCACUUUCUAGAACGGACCCGCCAGCCAGGCUGGAGAUGGAACGACAUGAAACAGCCAUCUCAGCCGCCGGAAUAUUCAGCCACGAAUUCCGGUAACGACACUCAACGCAAAUCAAAGCCCACGCCAUACAAAGCGGAUAAAGACAGCUAUUACUGCGACAGGGAUCUUCUGCUGAGUCUGGUGUUUGACGCAAAGGUAACCCAAUGGUUUGCGAAUCCCAGAACUGCACGCGAAGAGACAGGGAAAGAUUUCCAACAACGUUUCGGCGUAACGCUCGCCUUCAUGGCUACUCACAGUGGCCUGACAAGAUGGAAGGACUUCUUGCCAAACGAGGAGAAACCUGACCUGGACGACCACUUCAGUAAGAUGUAUCCGAGAGCCAUCGACGAAGUGUGGUACAAGCGUGCUGUGGAACAGCACUAUGUGAACUCGGACAGCUUUGUCUUCUCUGUGCCAAUCGACGAGGAUGGAGCGGACAACACCACCCUUGUCACUGCUAGUCGUGCCAUUUUCAUUGGAACUGACAAAGAAAAGGCACCGGCUGCGGUCGUAGGUUUUCAGUUCCAACACAACGCUCUUCAGGCUCUCUUCCAGAACAUCACGUCCAGUUGCAAAGGAGGCGAGAAAUGCACAGACUGCGCUGCUGAUAAUUGGGCCUGCUACUUGAUCGACGACAAUGGAUACGUGAUCGCAGCCGAAGAUAAGUUUGACGCUGGACAGUUCUUCGGUGAACUGCGAGGGCCAAUUAUGUCGAGUUUGGUGAAGGAAGGUGUGUUCGAACAAAUCAGAAUAUUUGAUUAUCAGGCGGUCUGUUUCAAGACUACGCAAAUUAGCAACGACGGAAGCAUUUUAUUGACGCCGUGGAAACACGCUCAGCAGAUGGUUUCGUGGCUGGUCGGGCAAGUGGCCUGGGCCUGGGCUAAAGCUGGAAUUUGGGAAUCCGAGUACGCGGAGGCGUACGCUUACCCGAACGACGAGGAAGGUAUAUAUGAAGAUUAUCCGGAAAACGGAGAGAAAUCACCAGUGGAUCCUAAAGAUGAGAAGCUGUUCGAUCAGAAGGUUUUGAUCAAUCGAACACGGCCGGAAGCUUGCGACCAACAGAUGUACCUGUACUUGCGAAACGCGUCCUUCAACCUGUCUUACACAGAGCUAGGCGUAAACACGAAAUGUAAAUACAUCGUGCAACCGGUCGAGUAUAGCAAUAUGAUCCUUCUGGUCGUUAACACCGACGAUGAAUGCGAACAGACGACGAUGCCCCGUUUGACCAUCACUCCAGAAGAAAUAAUGUACGAGAAUAACUCGCUGGUGUGCCAGAAAGCGCUCACUUCCUUGAAACGGAAGAAAUCUCAAUCCUGUAUUCGCAGUCACUCGAGGGAAAGCGAGAUUAAAGAUCUCUGCGGCUUGGCUUCGAGCAUGGCACCGAACGUCUACCUCUUUUUCCUUUCGUCGAUGGUCUACGCUCUGGUUCAACGAGUCGCGUUUGGUUGAUCCUGACGAAUCGUUUCAAGUUAGAAAUUAAACUGUGCUGCUGACUUUUCUUUUCCGACGAGACGGUUAUUUUUCACGGUCGUUUUCACACUGUGCAGUAUAAUAGAACAUUCGCAGGAAUUCGUAUUAUCUUUGCCAACUAAAGUGAAAACAUAUUGAACGAAGGAAAAGUGCAAUUCGUUACGAAUCGAUAUUAUUACUAUCAUCAUCAUAUUAUUAUCACGGCCGAUGUAUUAUCUUUCCAUUUUUUUAUAGUUAUCGCGGUUAUGAAAAUAUUCUAG